UAAAUCAUAAAAAUAAAGCUAUGAAGGAGUGAAGCGAUUUUCUUUAUCCUUUGAUACCUUCAACAGACCAUGGGUGAAUAUGACAGCCACACAAGUAACGUUGUUUUGGAUAAUUUACAUCCAUCCAUAACUCGUCGUAUAGAUGAGAUUAAUCCUAUCGCAACAUAUGUAGAAGCGUCAGCCAAUAGCCGUGCUACGGAAACCGCUACGAAUGAUGUCUCAUCGGCAUCCGUUAAUAAAAGUGUGGCCUGCAGUAGCAGCAACAGUCCGACACAUGAACGAAAGAAAUGUAACGAAAUUCAACAAACAAGCAAUGAUAACAAUUUAAUUGAUGAUUCCAAUGACCAUUUGGAUAUGAAUUCAACGAAUAAAGCGCAUUGUUGCCUGGCGCCUAUGACAACGAUUUCGCCUACAGUGUCUUCCACAGCAGUAGCGACGCUAUCAACGACCGAUCUGGCACGAGAUCAAUGGUAUGCCCAUCAUGUUCAUCAUCCCUCAACGCAUGGCCAACACCAUCAUCAUCCGCAUCCGCAUCCGCAUUCGCACUCACAUUCGCACUCUCAGCAAUUAUCCGAUGAAUUUGUCAUGUAUGCACCCGCUUUGCCUACGAGUAGUACCAGUUCGCCAAUAGGUAAAUUCGGUAUAGAAAGCUCAACGGAAGGCUAUUUGAAUGCCAGAUAUAAUGUUAAUGUUAAAGGAGUUCGUCAUGAAAGAACUUCAUCUUUUUUCGACAUUCCCGCUGUGACGCACCCAUACUGUUACAGAUUUCCAUCAUCACCACCUGCAGGGAUUUUAAAGAAAACCGAUGACGACGUAGUAUUUGGCAGUAAUCCCAGUAAUGCGACUUCGUUGCAGUAUGGCCAGCAUUAUUCCAAUUCUAAAGUUGAACAUCCAGAUUCAACUACGCAUACGCAGCUAAGCAAUCACCAUACGUCAACUCAAACGCAUCAUCACCAUCAUCAUCAUCAUCAUCCACAUCAUCAUCACCAUCCAAAUCAUACGCAAGCCCCGCAUUUACAUCAUCACCAGCAACACACACAACUUAGCCCACAUACGUCGGCUUUCAAAUUCAAUCAUCACUCGAGUGUUUUAAAUUCGACCGCCGCCAGUGUAUAUCAACAUUAUAAUAACCAAACGACGGGAGCAUAUAGCUUGAGAUCACCGGGAGAUCUUUCAACUUCAUUGACAUUAGGUCCAGUAUCGACGACAACAACAGAUAUUGGUGACAUCAAAUACGAAAGCCCCUACAAUGCAGCAAUAUCAUCAACAUAUGCGCUAAGACCAGGUCAAAGUGUGGACUCGUCUUCGACUGUUGUGUCAUCCACAGAUUCUGAAUUUAAAUUGGACGGCCUUUACGCUAACAACAGUAGCAUUUCAACAAAUCAUCCGGUAGGACAAAGAAGAGGAUCAUUACAAUUAUGGCAAUUUUUGGUAGCACUUCUAGAUGAACCUACCACAAACUGCAUUGCUUGGACUGGGCGUGGUAUGGAAUUCAAACUGAUCGAACCAGAAGAGGUAGCCAGACGUUGGGGUAUACAAAAGAAUCGCCCUGCCAUGAAUUAUGACAAACUUUCACGCAGUCUUCGCUACUACUAUGAAAAAGGUAUAAUGCAAAAAGUUAAUGGAGAGCGUUACGUCUAUCGCUUUGUUUGUGAUCCUGAAGCUCUGUUUAGUAUGGCUUAUGGUCAUUUGGGUGCUAUAAGUUCAAAGAGUGAGCAACCACAUCAACUUCAUCCAAUAUUAGGCAGUGAGAGUUCCAUUAAAAAUGCCAACGAAACUGCACGCGACAUUGCCGAGCCCAGUAGCUUAGAGGAAAGCUCUAAUCGUGGUAGAAGCCAAUCGUCAAUUAAUGAAACUUCGGCAGCCUUCUCUUCGAAGCUUAUAUAUGGAUCGGAGAAUUUCCACCGUAUUUAAUAAUCGUUCGAUAACGUUGUACAUCAAACUUGAAGCGUGGAAGUUAAACCAUGCAUAUAUUCAAUAGUGUCCCCCUUCUCCAAUUUUCCGUUUACCUUGGCAAAGCAAACGUGUAAUCGAUUAAAGCAACAGGCAAUAGUUCUGACGAAUGGAGCGGGUGAGUUUGUACUAAAUUUCCAAAACCUAGUAAUUAGUUUGGAACGUCUUGCGUGAAUUCAGUUCACUGAUUUCAGUUUUUGACUUCACGUCGCUAAUGAUUACGAGCAAAAUCUUUACUUUGAUUUUAAAAAUUUACUACACCUUACAAUUUCCUGAUCUUUGAUGUUGAUCUUUCACGUAACAGGUGUUUGUCGAAAGUCAAUUUUAUUAAGAGACCUGAUCUACUCACAACUAGUUCGUUAACUUUCCAUCGUUUUCCUUCAAAGUAACGCUUAUAUAAAUAGGACUUGCUCCAAAUCUGCUUUUUCUCAUCCGUAGCUUUAAGUUGGAAUCUUUUAGUUGUUUUUCUUUUUAAAGCUUGACGUUAGUAUGACAAUAUAGCACACGUCUAAAGUUGCGUAUGUAAGAAAUACAUGAAACAAAAUUUCUUUUGCAUUCUUUCCUUUUAUAUUACACAUUUUUUAUAUAAUUCCCGAAUAAUAAUAAUAAUGAUAAUAGUUGGCGAUUAAAAAUGGUUGAAAAGCUCUGAUUUAAAUAUUUGAAUAUUUUUUGGUUGACAAAAAAAAUUUAUUCAAUAGAAGUUAUUGGAAUAUAUUCGCUCAUUAAAUACUUAAACAAUUUAAUUAUCAUAUACUAUGAAUAUUAUUAGCAAAGUUAGCCAAUUUGGCCGAGUUGUUGAAAUACAUAAAAAUAUCUAAAGCGGCUUAUAUUUGCUUU